AUGUCUUCUCCUGAACAGAAAAAGAAGAAGAAGUUUUCGAGGCCUGAUAAUUCUCGAUUCUUUCAACAAACCCUUCCAUCAUGGAAACUAAUUUUUACUCCGUGGACUGUGAUUCCUAUUUUGACGAUCUUGGGUCUCAUUUUUGGUCCUAUUGGAGGUGCUCUUUUUGUCGCUAGCUCAAAAGCAAAGGGUCUUCGGCUGGAGUACACAAACUGCAUGAACGCUGGGUCAGAAUAUACUGACAUGUCGUCUCACGAUAUACAUAUUAAUUUUUUGACGCACAACAACUUCAGCGCUCAGUGGCGCUGGAAUGCCGACAACGAGACGUGCUCUCUUCGUUUUUACGUGCCGGAGACGAUGAAACAGCCGGUUUUUGUAUACUACCAUCUCACACGCUUCUACCAAAACCAUCGCCGGUACGCAAAGAGUUACGACGUUGAUCAAUUGCUCGGUGAUGCCAGAACUGCAAAGGAAAUCAGUAAGAGUGAUUGUACUCCCCUGCAGUUAAACGAGGAAGGUAAGCCAUACUAUCCUUGUGGCCUCGUGGCCAAUUCCAUGUUCAACGAUACCUUUUCCUCGUUGAACCAUUUGAGUGACGAGACUUCAACAUAUGGGCAAAAAAUAGGUGAGUAUGUAUUGACUACCAAUGGCACUGCUUGGCCGGCCGACAAGGCAAGAUAUGGCACAACCCAGUACUCACCCUCCGACGUUGUCCCGCCUCCCAACUGGGCAAAACGGUAUCCAAACGGCUAUACCUCAGACAACAUGCCAGACUUGGGUAACUGGGAAGAGUUCCAGGUCUGGAUGCGAACGGCAGCUCUUCCCACUUUCAGUAAGUUAAUCGUUCGUAACACCACAGCUGCCUUGAGAACAGGAUUGUAUGAGGUGAAUAUCACAUACAACUUCCCCACCAUUCCAUAUGGUGGUUCGAAGAGUUUCGAGAUGACGACUACAACGGCUAUCGGAGGAAAGAACUACUUCUUGGGUAUUCUGUACAUCGUCAUUGGUUGUCUCUUCUUCCUUUCCGGCAUUGCUGUUGGUGUUGCGAGCAUGCUUUGGCCCAGACGUGUCGGAGAUCCUGCAUAUUUGUCUUGGAAGCAAGACAAAACUGAUUAG